GUCCCUUUGCGGGAUCCGUCAGUUGCUCAGGAAAGCGCCGCCUGUGUGAGAACGAAGCUUGCAGCUGAUGUAGCCUACUACUAUAGCAAAGAUGGAGAGUGACACCACUAUCAGGAGACUAAAGGGACUCGGGACGCCCAAUAGUGUAUCGCAAGUAAAUAACGUUUCGCGGAGUUCACACGGGGGUAACGGUUACAACAGCGACCCGAAGAAGAAGCCCGAAGUGAAUCUGUUCUUGCUACGAGAAGGAGUCGGAGCUUCCUUAGUGUUUGUGUUUAUUUUGGUGCUAUGGGUACUCGUGCAUUUGUCACUACAGCAGCUCAUCAUUGGGAAGUCGUCUGGUGAAUUCAACGCAGUAAGGGCCAGGCGGCACCUGGAAAGCAUCACCAGCGUGGGCCCGCGGCCGGUGGGAAGCCCGGAGAACGAGGUGCUGACGGUGGCCUACCUGCUGGAGCAGAUCAAGCACAUCCAGGCGGAGGUGGCGGCGGCGGGGAACCCCCACCGCCUCAGCGUGGACGUGCAGCGGCCCACCGGCUCCUUCUCCAUCGACUUCCUCGGGGGCUUCACCAGCUUCUACGACCGCGUCACCAACGUGGCCGUCAAGCUGGAGCCCGAGGCCGGGGCGUCGCAUCUCAUGCUGGCCAACUGCCACUUCGACACGGUGGCCAACAGUCCAGGGGCCAGCGACGACGCUGUGAGUUGUGCGGUCAUGCUGGAGGUGCUCCACUCCCUGGCCAACCUGUCCACUCCCCUACGCCACGGGGUGGUGUUCCUCUUCAACGGGGCAGAGGAGAACGUGCUGCAGGCCAGCCAUGGCUUCAUCACCCAGCAUCCCUGGGCCAAGCAGGUACGCGCCUUCAUCAACCUGGAGGCUGCAGGAGUCGGUGGCAAGGAGGUUGUCUUCCAGACAGGUCCGGAGAAUCCCUGGCUGGUGCAGGCCUACGUGCACGCGGCCAUGCACCCCUUUGCCUCGGUGGUGGGCCAGGAGGUCUUCCAGAGUGGCAUCAUCCCCUCGGACACAGACUUCCGCAUCUACAGGGACUUUGGCAACAUCCCAGGCAUAGACCUGGCCUUCAUCGAGAACGGCUUCAUCUACCACACCAAUUACGACACCGCAGACAGGAUCCUGACCGACUCCAUACAGAGAGCUGGCGACAACAUUCUGGCGGUGCUGAAGCACCUGGUGAUGUCGGAGGAGCUGGGCGACUCCUCGCAGUAUCGCCACGGCAACAUGGUGUUCUUCGACCUGCUCGGCAUGGUGGUGGUCGCCUACCCUGCCCGCGUCGGCACCAUCCUCAACUACGUGGUCGCCGCGGCGACCUUCCUCUACCUGGCCAAGAAGGCGUCGCGGCCGGGGAGCGGAGGCGGCCGCUACGUGCGUCGGCUGGCGUGCGCGGCCGGCCUGACGGUGCUGAGCUGGCUGGUGACGCUGCUGUCGGUGCUGGUGGUGGCCCUGCUGGUCACGUUGCUGGGCCGCUCCAUGUUCUGGUACCAACACUUCUAUGCCGCCGUGUGCCUGUACGGCCCCGUGGCCGCCGGCUCCAUGGUGCUGGUGCACACCCUGGCCAAGAACCUCUACUACGGCGGGGUGCGCCUGGUGGAGCUGGCCGAGCUCUACUUUGACGUGAGCCUGCUGCUGUGGUGCUGCAGCCUGGUGCUGUUCACCCUGCAGGGCCUGUGCUCCGCCUACGUGCCCCUGCUCAUGGUGGCCUUCCCCCUGGUCGCCAAGAUCCUCCUGGCCAGCGAGUUCAAACACAGAGGCGCCUCGGCUAAAUACUGUGUGCUGUACCUGCUGGGGCUGGCCCUGCCCUACGUCCACUUCAUGUUCCUCAUCUGGGUGGUGUUCGAGAUCUUCACCCCCAUCCUGGGGCGCAGCGGCACCGAGAUCCCCCCCGAGCUGGUGCUGUCCACCCUGGUCACCCUGGCCACCAUCUUCCUCUCCUCCUUCUUCCUGCACUUUAUCUACCUGGUGCGCAGCACCCGCUGGGUGCUGUCGGCCCUGGGCUCUCUGUUCGUGCUGGUGUUCCUCCUGAUGUGGGCCGGCCUGUUCUUCCCCUACUCCGGCAACCCCGACUCCCCACGGCCCAAACGGGUCUUCGUGCAGCACACCACCCGUACCUUCCACGACCUGGCGGGCCGGGUGGAGGGCCGUGACUCGGGGCUGUGGGUGAACAGCUUCGACUACACGGCCAUGCAGUACGUCACGCCGCUCAUCCCUGAGCUCAACGACACGGCGCGCACCGUCUGCCGCCCGGACCACCCCUUCUGCGGAUACCCCUGGUUCCUGCCCGUCAAGUUCCUCAGCAAGAAGAACUGGUACCUGCCGGCCCCGGAGGUGUCGCCCAGCAUCCCGGUGGACUUCACCCUGGUGUCCAAAGAGGAGACGGUGUGGGGCACCGUCAAGCUGACCUUCAGCGUCACAGGCCCCAGCCACAUGACCCUGUACCUGCUGCCCCACCCGGGGGCCCGGCUGGUCUCCUGGUCCCUGGGGGACGGGACCCCCCCGUUCGACGUGAGCGGGGAGUACUUUGUGUUCUACUCCCACGGUCUGGACGCGCCCGCCUGGGGCUUCUGGAUAGAAAUACAGCCGCCCAAGGAGCCGGACCCCUCGGGCCCCGGGGGUGUGGUCUCGGUGGCCGUCUCCUCCCACUACUUCUUCGGGCCCGACCAGCGCACAGAGCAGAUGGACGCCCUGCUGCGGCGCUUCCCCUCCUGGGCCUUCCCCUCGUCCUGGGUCAGCACCUACACCAUGUACCGCUACUGAGGGGGGGGGUCGCGACCGAUACUGAGGGCCCAACCCGACUGAAGGGGGCUGGGGGAGGGGCCGGUGGAAGGGGGUUAUGGGCUUAUCACCGGAACACUGAAGAAAACCCGCAAAAAUAACACCUGCAGACUAACACACACACACACACACACACACACACACACACACACACACACACACACACACACACACACACACACACACACACACACACACACACACACACACACACACACACACACACACACACACACACACACACACACACACACAGUUGGACAUGCUUCUAGCCUGUGUGAGAGACCCCCCCCCCCCCAUCCAACCACUGUGUCAAUAGCGCUUGUAAGCUAACCGCUAUCCGAGGGGUAAGACGCUCUGACCUAGGCCUGAUAUUCAACCGACGGACCAACUGAAGUCAACGGCGCCCCCUCUCGCUGUCGGCGGUCGCUCUUGUACGGCAAAAGAUUACCGGGUGAGGGGAACACGUGAAUUAAUGGGAAUCUGUGAUUUUUGGUUUUCUACCCUGUAUGGCCUUUGGCACUUUAGCUUCUACCUUUUUUUUUUCACUUUCCCCAUUUCCUCGUUCUCUCUUGCCAACUCCUACCUGCUUCUCCUUGCUCUAACACUCGGUCCGUGACUCUUAUUGUGGAGGAGCUUAGGGAAGACGUGCAUCACUGGAAGAUACUGUUAGGGAGCAAGCAAAAUGCAGCUUCUUUUUUAAAUUUGCUUUUGAGUUUUAAGUUGUUUUGUUUUCACCCUGUAAUCUCAAACUUGCAUAAGCGGGGUAGCAGGUGCUAUCUUUAGUUUUGACUCAUCUUGACCGUCUUAAAUUUAUCCGAAGAUAGAUAGUUAUCUUUCCAAUGUUUUUUUAACAGUUAGCGGUGCCAAUGGAUGUCUAUGAGGAAGGUAGCAACAUGGGUGACUCAUACUGAUAAGGCUGUUAUUGAUGUGCAAAAGCAAGGUGGACUUCUCCCAAAUGAACUGAAAAGGCCUGUGUGCGUUCUGAAGAAAUGCAACGAUUAUCUCUGGCCCUGUCCAUACUUGAAUUUGCAACACUUGCACUAUAACCUCAUUAAGUUUGACCUACUUGAUCCAUUUGUGAGUUAGGGAUGGUGGUUAACCUCUUGCAUCUCUUUAAUUGUUGAUUAGGCUUUAGGUUUGUCUCUCUGAAUGCACCAACAACCAACUACAUUUUUGAAGUUAAUGAUAAAGAUUGCUUAAAUGUAACUCUUGGCAUAUGUGGAGAAGGAUUCGUUUAAUUCAAUUUUAAAUAGUCAAUAUGUUUUUAGUUGCAACCUAACGUGUUUUUUUAAUUAAGGGUUGCUGUGAUGGUUAUAAUUAUAUGUACCGGUAUAUAAUAAUUUGGAUAUCGAUUAGAAAAACCUGGAAACAAACACUUUUCGGAAUUUGUCUUUAGACUUUUACACAAGUCUAUAUAUCCAAUAUCACAAGAAAAAUUGUGUUAAUGAAAGCCAUUCGUUUAAUCUAGGAUUUUGAAAAGAAGAAUAGGCUUUCCCUAAGAAUAUCUGGUGGAAACUCUUAAAUGUCUAAUAUUAAAUUAUGUGGUAUGCAACAAUAUUAGUUCUACACAAAUUCUUAAAAGCCUGUCGCAAGCUGAAUUACAUUGCUUGUAUUACAAUACACAUUAUUCAAUGUUUACAAUUAUCACAUUGGUUUUAAUGUGUAGUUCCGUCUUUGAGUUAGUAACUCUGAAUGUGGUCCCACACCAGCAAAUACAACCUCAGCCACAGUGCAUUUCAAAACGAUGCACCAUGGUGUAAAAAUGUACUAUUCUAUUUUUCUAACUAUGUACACUAAAGUGUAUUUGUGUUUUUAUUUUAAUGACUUCUAACACGCCUCAAAAUAGCCUACAAAUAGUAGGGUUGUUACGUCCAAAAUAAUCUUUAGGUUAUGUUGUGCUGUACAUUCGAAAAUAACUAACUAUUACAAUUCUGUUUAAUUUAAUCUUUUCUCAUACUAAUUUGGAAUUUAAAAAAAAUGUCAUGUGUUACCAAGUUGUUUGUUGGUGCCGCAAAAGACAUCUUAUAGCGUAUCACUGUAGCAAACAGCCAUCUAUUUCAUUUCAAAACCACUCUCCGUUAUCAACACAUCCCACAGAUUUAUACUGUAAAAGCAGCAGCAUUAAUGAAUAAUUUAUUUUUUAAAUCUUUGCUAAUUUUACCGAAAACACGUCACAUGCGGGUCCACAGAGGUUCGCCAGGGCUAUACGAUGUAAACCACCAUCUGUUCAGCAGUUUGCCGUCUAAAUAAACUAGUAUAGUGAUCUUUAAUUUAUCUCUGGUCCUUCGAUUGCAGACUGGAUUAAACCAUGUUUUUUUUUUAAUUGCUGUAUGAUUUCCAUACAUGUUCUAUGUUUUUCUGAUUUCCGUGUAUUUACCCGCGCAUUUAGCAGAAACUUUAUCAGAAUCAUUCAUGCAUUAGGGGGGAAAGUAAAUGUUUAGGUGGUGGUGUUCUACUUUUUUUCAUGGGUUUAAAAAGAAAGAAAGUUGAAAAGACGAUUAUCCACAAGACCGCUCUCUUGGAAUUCUUCUAAAUCCCAUAUUGUUUGGCUGACAAAUAGACCCCGCGUUCUAAAUCUGUCAUAGCUAACAUUUCCAUCGCUUUCAUUGUCACUCAGAAACCAAAUCUAUGCAACACAAAGUGUCUGUCCCUCUCAAUGUAGGUCAGCACAGUGUGUGUAAGCACCGAUACAAAACCCACAAUGGAGACUCUUGUCAAAUGUUGUAUGCCAACUAAAUGUGAAACCUACAGGGUGGGUGUCAUUUAUGUGAUGCCCUGUGAUUGAUGUUGAUUUUUGGCAGCCUUAAAAUCGUACGCGUCCUCAAACAAACUAAUGUUUACGCUCGUGACGUGGACCACCUCUCAACAAGUCUUACUGCAAGCAAGUGCCGCAUUGUACAGCUUUCCGUUUCGAUUUUUUUAUUUGUUGCGUAUGUUUUAUUUGGGUAGGGAAUGAUGGUGUCUAUCUUGGCUCUUUGCUAGGUGCAUUGCAGUCGGUGAAUGGAAGAGGAGUGACUGCUCUGCUUGGGUUGAAUGCUAUGUUUUAACUGCAGUUUAUUUAAUGUGAGCCCAUCUUUUCAGGAUGGGUGAUUCAGUUCAACAGUUGUCCGUUCAACAAUUGUGCGAAAGCAUCAAAAUCAUUAACGUUAUGUUUUUUUCUCAAUCAAAGUUGGUCAGCAAUGAAUGCAUUUUUUGUAUAUAAGCUGCUGUCACUAAUCAAAUUCCAAAUCUUCCCAUUCAAGAAAGAAUUAACUUUUGCUUAUUAAAAAUGUUAAACCACUGUGAGCAAUUUGAA